AUGACAGAUUGUUGCGAAGUAUCAGUAUUCAAUGAUGAUUGUGGUGUAUAUUAUGGUGCAGGAUUCCAAUGCCAAGGCUUCCUAAAGAAAUCAACAACAUAUCCAAACACUAAUGUGUGCCAGCUCUGUGUGACCAAUCCUACUUUCCCACCCGACCCUUCACCCGGCUUGACUGGCGCCGUGAUCGGCCUCGAGAUCGUCCUGCCCAUAGUCAUCUUCCUCAUCAUCGUUGCCAUUAUAAUCAGAAUAAUCUUGGGUAUUAGAUGGAGACGUGCAGCCCUACUGAGCGCAGGCGUAUGUAUUAGCGUGGAGACCACCCACUGUGCACCACCACCAUGUCCUCCACCCAUGUACGUCCAGCCUGCACCAAUGUACGUCCAGCCUGCACCAAUGUACGUACAGCCGCCACCCGUUCAAGUGUGUCCAAUGCCAUCCGCACCAGUCACAUAUCAACAGACUACCUAUCAAUUCAUGUAA